CACCGUGUGUGUGGUGGAGCGGAGACGGCGGCGAGCGGAGAGCGGGGCGCUGCAGGAAGAAAAAAGUCAAGAAAUGUCUACCAAUUUAAAAUACCUUUCCUUGAGCAUCCUGGUUUUUCAGACCACAAGUUUAGUCUUGACCAUGCGUUAUUCUCGGACGCUGAAGGAAGAAGGACCUCGUUACUUAUCCUCCACUGCAGUAGUUAUUGCUGAACUUCUGAAGAUUUUGGCCUGUGUUCUCUUGGUCUACAAAGACAGCAAGUGCAAUUUACGGACUCUGAACAGAGUGCUACAUGAUGAAAUCCUUAAUAAACCCAUGGAAACUCUUAAGCUUGCUAUUCCUUCAGGGAUUUAUACUCUUCAGAAUAACUUGCUGUAUGUAGCAUUGUCAAACCUCGAUGCAGCCACAUACCAGGUUACAUAUCAACUGAAAAUUCUUACCACAGCAUUGUUUUCUGUGUCCAUGUUGAGCAAGAAGUUAGGUGUGUACCAGUGGCUUUCGUUAGUCAUAUUGAUGACAGGAGUGGCAUUUGUUCAGUGGCCUUCAGACUCCCAAGCACCAGCUGCUAAGGAGCAUUCGGCAGGUUCUCAGUUUGUGGGCCUGAUGGCAGUGCUGAUAGCUUGCUUUUCCAGUGGAUUUGCUGGUGUCUACUUUGAGAAAAUCUUAAAGGAAACCAAGCAGUCUGUGUGGAUCAGAAACAUUCAGCUUGGAUUUUUUGGUAGCAUAUUUGGACUGAUGGGUGUAUACAUUUAUGAUGGAGAACAACUGUCAAAGAAUGGAUUUUUUCAAGGAUACAAUAAACUUACUUGGGUAGUUGUUGUUCUACAGGCACUUGGAGGGCUGGUGAUUGCUGCUGUUAUAAAAUAUGCAGACAACAUUUUAAAGGGAUUUGCAACUUCUCUCUCUAUUAUACUGUCAACAUUGAUCUCCUAUUUCUGGCUGCAAGAUUUUGUCCCUACAAGUGUCUUUUUCUUUGGAGCAGUCCUUGUAAUAGCAGCUACUUUCCUAUACGGUUAUGAUCCCAAACCUGCAGGAAAUCCCAUUAAGGCAUAGCACACUUCCUCAUCAACCUGCUUCUCAAGAUCAUGCACUGGGGGCCUUGCUAACAAUGGCAUAUGGAAAGUGUCAUUGUGCACUGCAAGGAAAGAAUUCCUACGCUGAGUCUAUUGAAGAAAUGCUUAUGAGUAGUUCUGAACAGCUGGAGGGGUUGAAGGUGAUGAUACUGCCUGUAACUGACGAGAGGAAAAAGAAAAAGGCAGGGGAUCUUCCAGUGCAACUUGCUAAUAAAAACUUGAAAGGAACAAAAGGUUUCCAAGAAACUGCAAUUAGGAAUGUUUACAGCUUUGACUGGGAUUGCGUCAAAAGAAUUUACUGUACUGACUGUUGCAGAAAUCCGUCCUAUGCACUCUUUGAAAGAGCACAUGACAACAUUGUCAGAUUGUAUGGGUUUGCAAUUUGACUGUAUUUAAUCUUAGCAAAUAUGGUUUUUAACCGUUUGUCUAGUUACAUGAAAUCAGAUGACUACACAUCAUAGUUCUAAAGCGAUGGUUCUAAUUAGGUUUCCUAUGAAGACUGCAAAGAUUGCAGUAAGAUCGAAAGACACUUUCUUAAGAUCCAAUAUUUUUAUAUUUUAGAAGGCUGAUUUAAUAACAGAAAUCUGUUAUUUAAUUAUAAUAAUAUAAUUCUAUUGCUUAUAUAAAACUGUUGUAAGAAUGUUAACGUUCAAAGGAAGAAAUUCAGAGUGAAAGCUGGAAAUCUUUGUGGAUAAUCCAGCCAUCGUCGGGAUAGCCUAUAGUGUUCCAACAGAUGGGAAGACUCUGCUCUGUGAACACAGGCUGGAGGUUCCUCCACUAACCUGGUACUAAGAGUAGGGCUAUGACAGAGUGCUUGCUCAGAGGUAAUGCUCAUUCUUUUUAUUGAUUAUAAAUCAGCUUCUUGGUAGAACCUUCAAAGUAGAUCUUAUGCUUUAAAUAUCUUCCAGGGAUUUUUUUAACCACGAUUUAAAACAAAGAGCCCAUAAUAAACAUUCUGAAUGCGUUAUUGUUGUCUUUAACAGCUCCUUCUGCAGCUAUUCUGGUCUAUCAUCUGUAUACUGUACUGUACUCUUACAGAGGUGUUUUUUAAACAAGUGGUGUUUACUCAUGAACUCUCCAAGGCUUUUUCAGGACAUUUCUACGUAGUGGCUUAAUUAGAGAUUUUUUUUUUUCAUUGUUAUUAUUUUGUUCUGGGAGUCCUUGAGCUAUUCAGUUUAGUCAUAGAAUUACUUUAAUAGGAAACAUAAUGCAAAAGUGCAAUAGCUAAAUAUAAAAGCAUGGUGUUCUUCUGUUUUAAACCAAAACCAACCUUCUUAAGGAACCUGGAUGCAGUCAGAACUUAAAUUGAUAAGACUGUUAUGAACACUUCACUUGUUGAAGUAUUUGCAUAUAACCAGAAACACACAAAAAGAAAAAUAAAAGUGAAGGACCUAAUAGCCAAAAAAAAAGGUCUUAGAAAGCACUUGUUUUCAGGAGGCCUAUUCACAAUGGAUAGUUAUGUAGAGUGACUUCUUACCCACACAUAACACUUGUAAAGAUACACGUUUAUACAAACCCCAUCAGCAGUCCCUUACCUGUAGAAUGGCAAGUGGCACAAAUGAAUGAUUUCCUUCAUUUUCCCCUCAUGCUCUUUCUGUCUUGUGCUAAUGAACACGUGAAGAGAGAGGUGUUUUAAAAUGUUAACCAAAGUAUCCCAUCCUCUUUUCCACAUUUUAGUGGUGGAUUGACAAGGAGAGUCUGGAAGAGGGCUCUGAGAUUUUUUUUAAUGAAGUAUUGUUAAUGGGAAAGGAGAAAUUCCACUUACAUCAGCCAUGUAAAAAUAGUAUUUUCUUUCUGUUGGCAGUGACAUGGAUUAUCAGCUUUUUUGGUUGUUUAUCAUAUCAGAGCAAGACAUUAAAGAAAUUUCAGAGUCCAGGGCUUGCUGAGCUUUGUGAACUGUGAAUCUGUCCCAGUAUGCCAUACUUACAGUCAAAUUGGUAUAUAUACAUACUUACAAAUAUAUGCCAUCCUUACUUUCAAAUUGGUAGUCAAAACUAUCUUGUAUUACCCUAACUUUGCGUGCUAUGUUAUUCUUCAGCCUUGUGCCUAUAACCUUUAAUGGGGCAGAAUCUUUCAAAAAUUAAAUGUAGUCAUUUGGCCACUAAAAUGCAACAUGAAGUAAGAUAGAACAGCAUAGAGCAGUGGCUCACAGCAUUGCUUGUGUAGAAUGGGAAAUGCAGAAUGACUCUGAAAUGAUGGAGAAGUUGGUAGUAAUAUCUGAACUCGAGCUUGGCUUACACGAUGAUACUUUUAAUUGCAAGAAUCACAGUAGUGGAAAUGUUCAGGUGAUAUAAUUGGUUACUUUCCUGAGGAAUUCCUCAAAGAACCAUAAGCAGCAGGUUGAGAACGCUUUAAAGCUGGGCACACAGGGAGGGACCACAUAGGUCACAUCAUCACCACAUUGCUGGAAUUGUGUUACAUAUAACCCAGCUUCAGUAUUUUGGGUGAACCUGUCAGUGUUUGUCACCAAGGAACAGUUUAAAGGAAAUAACAGGAAUAUGUGCUCUUUGCUCUUGAAUAGGAUGUCCUACAGCUUUGGAAAACACUAUCCACUGUACUAAGGAAUGGUAGCUCCUGUCCGUCAAUCGGUGACUCUUCUGUGGUUUCAACUGACAGUUCCAUUAAAUUUUUCAGUAGAUCUCUUCAUACACUUGUUGCUAUAAAGGAAAUACGAAUUUGCGUUUUUUGCUGUCAUUCCUUAGCCCUUUCCAGGCUAAGACUCUUGUCUGAGGCCCUCCAGAUUGAAAAGCAUUAUUCUAGACAAAGGGAGACCGUGUAUGUUUCUUGAGAACAGAAAAGAUUUGAGGAGGGAUCAGUGAUUUCUGUAACCUUUGCAAUCUGUGAGCAUAUGCACAUUUUCUCUUUGAGAUACCUUUGUAUCUUAAAACUUUCAGUCUAUAGCUGGUAACUAACCAAAGAAGCAUAGCUAGCACAGAGCGUCGGGAAGUAGGGGGUAGUGUGCUUUGAGUUUGCCCUACAAGCAAUCUGUAGGAAUCUAACGUUCCAAAAACAAACCUGCUUUUCUGGACUGUUUUUUAGACUUUUAGUCAACAGAUUCUUUAGUUUAGUUGUAUGUUUAGGGGGCUAAGCUAUACUUAGCAGAAUUUUAUUUAAAUAUUUAUAAAAUUAUAGCUAGGUAUUUAUUUACAAUAACUUGAAUGAUGUGAUUUUCUUUAAGAUUUGCAUAAUGGGAGUACUGGUAUUUAUUGAGUAGUUGGAUAUUUGGUAGUUUUUUUGAGAAUCUCUGGGAUACAUAGAAAAUGGUCACAUAAACUUAGAACUGUCUUCAAAGUAAAAUAAACCAGCAGUUCAGUGGUGAAAAAUCUUGAGUGUAAUAUAAAGUAAGAUAAACUUUUCUUUAAACGUUGUAUUUCUGUGCUGUCCACAAGUGCCCAGGAAUCUUUUUUCUCAAGGAAUUCAGAUAAUUUUAUAUUCCUAUUCAACUUCUUUGUUUUAGAGAAACUGCAGGAAAACUUCCCUUUUUGUUUGCUUAAUAAGGGGUAGAUUCAUGUUCUAGAUUCGGCUUCUACAAGAUAACACCUUGAGGGUUUUACUGUAACUUUUUUAAACUAUUGUUUUAUUUUUCCUCAAAAAUUGAUUAUUUUGGUAGCAUAUGCUUGCAUUUCAGUUACGCGUACCGUCUUCUCUGAUUGUUGGAAGUAUGUACCUGUUUUGUGUUCCUAAUUUAUUUUUAUGGCUGUAAUUCAAAAGACUGUAAUGGAUUAUGUUGAAUUGUUUUAAAAUUGAUAAAUGAAACCUUGCAUUU